AUGAGGGUUGAAAACCAGGUAUUAACUUGGCAAGGGAAACAAUACGUUGUAUCUGAGGAGCUACUAUAUGAAUGGCACUUUAACAACAGUAUGGAUGUUACUGAAAACACCACUAAUCUUAACAGCACGUUCUCUAAUUCUUCUGAGCCUGUUUUGCCCCCUGGCAUGGGGCAAUAUACCGUUACAGCCAUAUGGGGAUUGGCAGUGAUUGUGGGGUUUCUGAUUAUUUUUACAAUUGUGGGGAAUGUAUUUGUGGUAAUUGCAGUGCUAACAAGCAGGGCACUGAAGGCUCCCCAGAAUCUGUUCUUGGUCUCCUUAGCCAGUGCUGACAUCCUAGUAGCAACCUUAGUUAUGCCCUUCUCUUUGGCUAAUGAACUUAUGGGAUACUGGUACUUUGGCACCGUCUGGUGUGAUAUCUAUCUAGCCUUGGAUGUAUUGUUUUGCACAUCGUCUAUAGUACAUUUAUGUGCAAUAAGCCUGGAUAGGUAUUGGUCUGUGACCCAAGCUGUAGAAUACAAUCUUAAAAGGACACCCAGGAGGAUUAAAGGGAUCAUUGUCACUGUCUGGCUGAUUUCUGCAGUCAUCUCAUUCCCACCUCUGAUUUCUAUGGACAGAGAACCUGAAGAUGAUGUCUACCCCCAGUGUAGACUAAACGAUGAGACUUGGUACAUCCUCUCCUCUUGUAUAGGAUCAUUCUUUGCUCCCUGUGUGAUAAUGAUCUUGGUUUAUAUUCGUAUCUAUCAAGUAGCUAAACUGAGGACCAGGACAUUAUCAGAGAAGAAACCUGCCACAGAUGGAUCUCAUACAGAAAAUGGGUUCAGUAAAGGAACAACAGUUAAAAUACCAUUUGAUAAAGAGAACGGACACUGCCCAUCUCGUCCUACCCCCCAGAAAUCUUUAGAGCUGGACGAUGUAGAUAUUGAAGAAAGCAGCAUAUCUGAGAGUAAAAGGAGGAAAAGCAGCAGCAGAGAAGAUAAUACUGACUCCGGCAAAGAACGAAAAAGCAGCAAAAGCAAUUCCUUCUCUAAACAAUCCAGUCGCCUUUCCAGGUCCAGCAACAAAUCAAUGGACCUGUUCUCCUCUAGGAAGAAAAAGAGGAGCAGUGUUAACAGGAGAAAAGUCACCCAAGCCAGGGAGAAGAGAUUCACCUUUGUCCUAGCAGUGGUAAUGGGAGUGUUUGUGGUUUGCUGGUUCCCAUUCUUUUUCAGUUAUAGCCUUUAUGGCAUAUGCAGAGAAGCCUGUGAAGUCCCAGCAACUUUAUUUAAAUUUUUCUUUUGGAUAGGCUACUGCAAUAGCUCAUUAAAUCCUGUGAUUUAUACCAUUUUCAAUCAGGAUUUCAGAAGAUCAUUCAAAAAAAUUAUUUGUUUAGGCAGGAGGAAGACUUUUAUGCACUGAAAUCUGUAUGAGUAUGUGGUACUACACUGCCUUAGGUUACAAACCAAGAGGGGAGGGACCCUAGUGAACUUUACUGGGAUUACCAAGAAGCAAGGGAAUGAUCUGACAGCUCUGAACAAGUUUGUGGCAGUA